GACUGGCAGCCAGGUGCUAUCGGCCAGGCCGGAGCGCACAGCCGGGCGGAGAGGGCAGAUCUCGGCUCAGAGCGAGCCACCCUGCGUCCGCCGCGAAGGACGAAGAGUCCCCCACACAGAUCCUCCUGAGGCUGCAAGCCCGUGAGCGCCCUCCCGUGCCGGCUACAGUCACCCGGCAGCGCCUACCGCGCGGUGCCACCAACUGGGCGCAGGAAGAAAACCUUCCCGCGCUCCUGCAGCACCGCGGCAAAGGGACCCGGUGUGCCCACACUUUUAAAAGUCACCGUGAUUGUUAAUUUGCCCCGUCCGCGGCGAGGCGCCUCCGACCGGGACGAAAGGUCUCCGUUGCUCGCUUCGGUGGGCUGCAGUGCGCGGUGUCCACCCAGGGAGCUCGGAUGCAGCUCGGCGCGGGAGAGCGGAGUCUGGGCGGCGGCGAGAUGACCAGCGUGGGUCGGGCGCGCAGGUCUCCCCGGAGCCGCCCUCCGGGCCCAUUGCUGCUGCUGGCUGCUGCCGCCGCCGCACUGAUGCUAUGCGCGCGGGGUGUGCACGGGCGCCCCGCGGAGGAGGACGAGGAGCUGGUGCUGCCCGCGCUGGAGCGCGCGCCAGGCCAGGACAUCACGCGCCUCCGCCUGGACGCCUUCGGCCAGCGGCUGCACCUGAACCUCCAGCCGGACAGUGGUUUCUUGGCUCCGGGUUUCACGCUACAGACUGUCGGGCGCAGCCCCGAGCGCGAGAAAGAGGUGCAGCCCCUAGACCUCACCGCCGGCGACCUGGCGCAUUGCUUUUACUCCGGGACGGUGAACGGCGACCCCAGCUCGGCCGCCGCCCUCAGCCUCUGCCAAGGCGUGCGCGGCGCCUUCUACCUGCAGGGCGACGAGUUCUUCAUCCAGCCGGCGCCCGCGGUCGCCUCCGUGCGCCUGGUCGCGGCUGCCCCCGAGGAGCAGCCUCCGAGCGCACGGCCACAGUUCCAUCUCCUGCGCCGGAGGCGGCGGGGCAGCGGUGGCGCCAAAUGCGGAGUCACGGACGACGAAUCCCUUCCCACCAACGACUCGGGACCCGAGGAACGCGAAGCCCGUGCCCAGUGGCCCCUGCGGGACCCGACACUACCACGUGCGGGACAGCCAACAGGACCUGGAAGCAUAAGAAAGAAGCGAUUUGUCUCCAGUCCCCGCUACGUGGAAACCAUGCUUGUGGCUGACCAGUCCAUGGCAGAGUUUCACGGCAGUGAUUUGAAACAUUACCUCCUCACCUUGUUUUCUGUGGCAGCCAGGUUUUACAAACACCCCAGCAUUCGAAACUCAAUCAGCCUGGUAGUGGUGAAGAUUCUAGUCAUCUAUGAAGAGCAGAAGGGGCCAGAAGUGACCUCCAAUGCUGCACUCACCCUGAGGAACUUUUGCAACUGGCAAAAGCAGCACAACCCUCCCAGUGACCGGAACGCGGAACACUACGACACGGCCAUUCUUUACACCAGACAGGACCUCUGUGGAGCCCACACAUGUGACACUCUCGGGAUAGCUGAUGUUGGAACUAUGUGUGAUCCUAGCAGAAGCUGUUCAAUCAUAGAAGAUGAUGGCUUACAGGCUGCUUUCACCACAGCCCAUGAGUUAGGCCACGUAUUUAACAUGCCGCAUGAUGAUGCAAAGCAUUGUGCCAGCUUCAAUGGUGUCAACUGGGAUUCCCACUUGAUGGCAUCCGUGCUUUCCAGUUUGAACCACAGCCAGCCGUGGUCACCCUGCAGUGCCAACAUGAUCACCUCCUUUCUGGAUAACGGUCAUGGGGAAUGUUUGAUGGACAAACCUCAGAAUCCCAUCAAGCUCCCUUCAGAUCUUCCAGGCACCCUGUAUGAUGCUAACCGGCAGUGCCAGUUUACAUUCGGGGAGGAGUCCAAACACUGCCCCAAUGCAGACAGCACAUGCACCACCUUGUGGUGCACCAGGCCAUCUGGUGCCAUGUUGGUGUGCCAGACCAAGCACUUACCUUGGGCAGAUGGUACCAGCUGUGGAGAAGGCAAAUGGUGUGUCAGCGGCAAGUGUGUAAACAGGACGGACGUGAAGCAUUUUGCUACUCCUGUUCAUGGAAGUUGGGGAACGUGGGGUCCCUGGGGGGACUGUUCAAGAACCUGUGGUGGAGGAGUUCAGUAUACAAUGAGAGAAUGUGACAACCCAGUCCCAAAGAAUGGAGGGAAGUACUGUGAAGGCAAAAGAGUGCGCUAUCGGUCCUGUAACAUUAAGGACUGCCCAGAUAAUAAUGGAAUGACUUUCCGAGAGGAACAAUGUAAGGCUCACAAUGAGUUUUCAAGAGCAUCCUUUGGGAGUGAGCCCAAGGUCGAGUGGAUACCAAAGUAUGCUGGCGUCUCACCAAAGGACCGGUGCAAACUCAUCUGUCAAGCCAAAGGCAUCGGCUAUUUCUUCGUUCUGCAGCCCAAGGUUGUAGAUGGCACUCCGUGUAGUCCAGACUCAACUUCUGUCUGUGUGCAAGGACAGUGUGUGAAGGCUGGCUGUGAUCGCAUCAUAGACUCCAAAAAGAAGUUUGACAAGUGUGGUGUUUGCGGAGGAAAUGGUUCUACAUGCAAGAAAAUAUCAGGAUCAGUUACUAGCACAAAACCUGGGUAUCAUGACAUCAUCACAAUUCCUGCUGGAGCCACAAACAUUGAAGUGAAACACCGGAAUCAGAGAGGGUCCAGAAACAAUGGCAGCUUCCUUGCCAUCAAAGCCGCGGACGGCACCUACGUCCUGAAUGGCAACUUCACUCUGUCCACCCUAGAGCAAGACAUUACCUACAAGGCUACUGUCUUAAGGUACAGCGGCUCCUCAGCAGCACUGGAAAGAAUCCGCAGCUUUAGCCCACUCAAGGAACCUUUAACCAUCCAGGUUCUUACCGUGGGCCGCAUUGACCGGCACAAAAUUAAAUACACUUACUUCAUGAAGAAGAAGAAGGAAUCAUUCAAUGCUAUCCCGACUUUUUCAGAAUGGGUCAUUGAAGAAUGGGGGGAAUGCUCGAAGUCGUGCGGAGUGGGUUGGCAGAGAAGACUCGUUGAAUGCAGAGACAUUAAUGGGAAGCCAGCUUCUGAAUGUGCUAAGGAAGUGAAGCCAGCCAGCACCAGGCGUUGUGCUGAUUUGCCUUGCCCACAGUGGCAGCUGGGGGAUUGGUCACCGUGUUCUAAGACUUGCGGGAAGGGUUACAAAAAGAGAACCCUGAAGUGUGUGUCUCAUGAUGGGGGAGUGUUGUCUCCUGAGAGCUGCGAUCCUAUGAAGAAGCCAAAGCAUUACAUCGACUUCUGCGUGUUAGCACAGUGCAGUUAAGCAGGGUCAGGCUUGAGGAGAGGGAGGCACGGAAGGGCUGGUAACACCAAAAUCAAGACCACUGGAGAGAUCUGGUGUAUCUUCACAGUAACAAGUAAGAUGUGUCAAUGAGGUGGGAGUGUGUGGUGGAUAAAAGGAAUUAUAGCAUGAGGACCUCCUGGCAGUUAAACAUUUGAUAAGAUAGUUAAUGAAGGUUAUUAGUGUCUGAGUAGUGCUAUAUAGCAUGAGAAAGCUCCAGGGUGUUAUUUCUUUUGUUACAUCUAAUACACAAACAGUUGUCAGAAUCAGACCAAAAUAUCACAAGCCCUGUUUCCUGGUACUGAUUAAAUGCUUUGUGUCAUGGGGGGUUGGGAAAGACAAAGCAAAAGAAAGAAUGAGAUUGUCUUUAGGACAUGGCUGAUUUUACCUCUCUGGCAAUGGGAGGGAUAAAGGGAACGAAACAGUAUCAUUGGUUAGCACUGUUUGUGGCUGCUAAGGUUUCGGAAAAUGUUUAUAGAACACAUCUAUCAAGAUGCAAGAAUUCAGAUUGGUAACACGAGAAAGUCCCACCUAUGUGCAGUGGCUCAUGGUGCCGUCUUAAACCAUCUCAGUCUUUCCAUGUAAUUUACUUUGGGAAAGAAACUAUUCACCUGUUUAUAAAAAUCCGUGAAGUACUGGGUGCUCAUAAGAACUAAAGGAACUGCAAUGAGCUUGAUACCUCCAGCCCUACUUUCCUUCUUAUGUAAGCCUAUUUGGGGAACAUAGAUGUGAAAAGAUAACUUAUGUCUUGCUAAAGUCAGUAGGAUCACACAAUAAGGAUGCAAUACCAGAAAAGGAAUGGGGUGUAUAGAACAAGGUCCCAUGGGUUAUGGAACAUCGAGAUCACUUGCCUCAGUUGAAGGCUGCUGAGGGGUAGCAGGUCCAUUCCUGGCAGCUGGUCCAACAGUCGUAUCCUGGUGAGUGUCUGUUCAGCUCUUCUACUGAGAGAGAAUAUGACUUUUUCCAUAUGUACAUAGUAAAAUAUGUUACUAUAAAUUAUAUGUACUUUAUAAGUAUUGGAUUUGUGUGUUCCUUCUAAGAAGGACUAUAGUUUGUAAUAAAUGCCUAUAAUAACAUAUUUAUUUUUAUACAUUUAUUUCUAAUGAUAAAACCUUUAAAUUAUAUCGCUUUUGUAAAAGUGCAUAUAAAAUAGAGUAUUUAUGCAAUAUAUGCUAACUAGAAAUAAUAAAAGAACACUUUUGAA